AUGUUAGACGUUCUAGACUUCAUUGCCGAGCGCGGCGGUGACCCCAAGAAAGUUAUAGAAUCCCAGCGCCGAAGAUAUGCUAGCGCGGACAUCGUCGAAGAGGUCACCAACCUAUGGCAAGAUGCUCACAAGACAAGAUACAAGGUCACCCAAGUCGGAGCCGAGAUCAACAAGAUCCAGAAAGAAAUUGGUCAGCUGAAGAAGAACAAGCAAGAUGCUACCGAGCUACUCCAAAAGAAGGUCGAUCUUGAGAAGGAGAAGAAGACAAUUGAAGACGAGGCGACCGAGAAGGAAAAACUGCGCGACCGUCGGUGCAAAACUAUUGGCAACUACGUCCAUGAUUCCGUCCCCGUCAACGACAACGAAGACUUCAACGAAGUGGUUAAGAAAUGGGCUCCAGAAGGCAUGACUGUGGAGAAGAAGGACUGUCUUUCCCACCACGAGGUCAUGACCCGUGCCGAAGUGUAUGACCCUGAUCGCGGCACCAAGCUCGUCGGCCACCGCGGGUACUUCCUACGCAAAUGGGGUGUUCUUCUCAACCAAGCCAUCAUCAACUACGGCCUACACUUCCUGACCGAACGCGAGUACGAGCCCAUCCAGCCACCCUUCUUCAUGAAGGCUGACUACAUGGGUAAGACUGCGCAGCUCGAACAGUUUGACGAGGAGCUCUAUAAGGUUGUCGAAGGCAAGGAUGCAGAGGACAAGUACCUGAUCGCUACCUCGGAACAACCACUCUCCGCCAUGUUUGCCGAUGAGUGGAUGACGGAGAAGGACCUGGAGAAGCCACUGAAGUUCGCCGGUUACUCAACGUGCUUCCGGAAAGAGGCUGGUGCCCACGGCCGCGAUGCUUGGGGUCUGUACCGUGUGCAUCAGUUUGAGAAGAUCGAGCAAUUCCUCUUCACCAAACCUUCCGACUCUUGGGCUGCUCUAGAACACAUGCUGGAGACUGCUGAAGCGUUCUACCAGUCACUCGGCCUUGCCUACCGGGUGGUGGUCAUCGUCUCGGGAGCCCUCAACAACGCGGCCGCGAAGAAAUACGACCUCGAAGCGUGGUUCCCUCAUCAGGGCGAGUAUAAAGAGCUUGUCUCCUGCUCCAACUGUACUGACUAUCAGACUCGCGAGCUCGAGGUCCGCUAUGGCCAGAAGAAGGGUGCCAUCGACAGCCGCAAGACCUAUGCGCACGCGCUCAAUGGAACCUUGUGCGCUACGUCGCGAACACUGUGCUGCUUGCUCGAAAACUAUCAGACCGACGAGGGCUUCAGAGUGCCGGAGGCGCUCAAGUCGUACAUGCCCAAGGGCACGCCGGACGUGAUUCCUUACACGAAGGAACUGCCGAAGGAUACGGUGAGCAGCAAGACCAAGGGCGGCAAGGGCGAGCCAAAGAAGGAGAACAAGAAGCCCGAGGCUCCCGAAGGUGGGGCGAAGAGAGAUAUGCCGAGUGCGGAUGCGGUGGCGGACAAGCUGAAGGAUGCCGAUAUUAAGUCGUGA